AUGGAGGUCGACCGCAACAACGCGCAAAGAGACCCAAACAACCGGCGUGCGGACCAGAUUGCCAAACGAGUAAGCACCAGAUUCGCGACACUGAACAUGAAUGGGUUUGGAGACCUCGUACCGGGCUCUGCCUUGAACAAAUGGGGAACCCUCUUCAAAGAGAUGAAGGACGCAAAAAUCGGGGUUCUUAUGCUACAAGAAACACACCUAACCAUCGAAAGAACACUCCGACUAGAAGGAAUGUUUGGCAAUAGAAUUAAAAUCUUCGCAUCACUAGACCCAGAAACCCCGAGUGCCAAAGCAGGUGUCGCUUUCGUUCUAAAUAAAAGCCUGGUAAGCACGAAAGACGCAAGCGCAAUCGAGAUAGUACCUGGCCGUGCCCUACAAAUAUCGAUCCCGAAUCAGUAUGGCGAGGUAACUCACGCACUAUGCAUCUACGCACCAGCAAACGGAAACGUCGCGAGGGCAACGUUCUUCCAAACGGUCCUGCAGCACUACGAACGACAUCCGCUGACCCCGAAGCCGACCCUGAUGGCGGGAGACUUCAACAACACCGAGGACGCUAUCGACCGCUUCCCCACAAAGAUCCCGGAAGCGUCAAUCCAAAGCCUAGAUGAGCUAAAAGCACACCUGGGCCUAAUGUUAGCGGACGGGUGGAGAAUGACACACCCAACGAGCGUUGACUACACCUGGUAUGGAAACCGGACCGGAGGCGCCCGCAUCGCGUCGAGACUAGAUCGAAUCUACACAACCCAAGGAAUCUUCAACGAAAAUGCGCGGGACUGGCGAAUCAGAGCACCAGGUGUCAGAACAGACCACUUGAUGCAAACCGUAUCAAUAGCAUCUCAAAACGCACCAGAAGUCGGAAAGGGACGACCGGUUUUCCCCAAAUGCCUAAUAAAAGACAAUAAAUUAGCGAAGAAAAUGAAGGAAGCAGGGAUGAACGCACAGAGACAACUAGACAGCCUAGAGCAAGGAACGACAGAGCGAAGCAUUGAGCACAACCCACAAACAAUUCUCCUCAACCUGAAAAACCAGUGGAUGAGCGACGCACGCAACAGAGAAAAAGAAGUGGUACCCCGAAUCCUUGAGGAAAUUGAAGAACUAAGGAAGACGAGACGCAACCUGCAGAAAAACAAGAACAUGGAGGACCUGCUCAGAGUCUCAGAGCUGCAGGCGGUCGCAAAACGACUAACGGAGCUCAGACUCAAACGUCACAAACAAAGACAAGCAUGUUAG